AUGUCAUCAGGAAUCCAAUCGUUGUUGAAGGCCGAGAAGGAGGCCGCCGAGUUGAUUAAUGAGGCCCGGAAGUACCGUACUGAGCGGUUAAAGGCGGCUAAAGUCGAUGCUCAAAGUGAGAUUGAUGAUUACAAGAAACUGAAGGAAAAUGAAUUACUUAAAUACGAACAAGAACAUGCUGGAUUAAAUGAGACCAUUGAAAAGGAAGCUGACACCGAGGUUGAAAGUGAAUUGGUUACUAUUAAGAAAAACUAUGAAAGUAAGCAAAAGCAAGUGAUUAGUUUAUUAGUUGAUGCUGUGACCAAACCAAGUCCCGAGUUACAUAUUAAUGCCUAG